CCUUGAUCAAACCCAGAAGGAAAUGUCUAGACUUUCUGAAUAUCAGGUCGUUGGGCGCAAGCUCCCUUCCGAGCAGGAACCUUCUCCUAAGCUCUACCGCAUGAGAAUCUUUGCUCCCAACACUGUGGUGGCCAAGUCUCGCUUCUGGUACUUCUUGAAGAAGCUCCGCAAGGUCAAGAAGGCCGCUGGUGAAAUCGUCUCUUUGAACGAGAUUCACGAAAAGCGUCCCGAACAGAUCAAGAACUUUGGUGUCUGGCUCCGUUACGAUUCUCGUUCCGGUACCCACAACAUGUACAAGGAAUACCGUGAAAUGUCCCGCGUUGAAGCCGUUCACACCUGUUACCAGGAUAUGGCCGCUCGUCACCGUGCUCGUUUCAGCUCUAUCCAGAUCAUUCGCGUCGCUGAAAUCAAGUCUGCCGAUAUCCGUCGCCAGUACAUUAAGCAACUUUUGACUCCUCGUCUCUCCUUCCCCUUGCCUCACCGUAUCCAGCGCGCCGAAAAGGGUCACCGUUCUCUCUUUGUCGCCAAGCGUCCCUCCACUUUCUAUUAAGGGACGUUCUUCGGUAUUUCUUUUUUGUCGAUUAGAUAGUUGUCUGAAGCAAGAAAAAAAAUAUCAACUCACUUCUGAACCAAACCUACGAUUUACGUUAUCGAACUCUAGACAGCUUUACUGUAUUACGGGGUGGGGGAACACUUAUCAUGCAAGACUGGGAUAAAAAGGCCGAUUAGAAGCCCAAAAAAAAAAAAA